UUUUUCUGAAACUCAAUGAUAAUCUCCAUAAUCAAUGACCAAAACAAUAAAACUAGAUUUCGAUUACAUGAUCGUAUUUCUAUUGGGAAUUCUGUACUUUCCUCGUUCCUUGAUCCAGAUGAAUCUAUUAUCGAUGCAACUUGUUACGAGAUGCAAUGAUUCCAUAGAUGGAAAACGUAUCAGAGACUAGUUUAUUCGUUAGAAAAUGUGGAUCCAGAAUUGAGUAUAUAUAACCUGACAAACAAAUUCCAAAGUGUAUCGGGUAUAAAAGUACUGUUCAUUCUAUGAGUCACUCAGUUGGUUGUCAGUCAAGCUUAACAUGAAUUUUCUGUCGUUGCUGUUCUUGACCAUUCUUGCUUUGGGGGUAGCUACUACUGUGCCUCCAACUAGCAUCUCUGAAAAAUCGAUAGAUGUAGCACAAAAGAUAAUUGUCGAUAAUCAAGCACAACCGAAUCCUCAGGAUGAAAUUGGCGAAAAAAAAGUGACGAAAAGAAGUUACGGUUGGAGUCCGUGGAAUUAUUAUAGUUAUGGUUGGCCCUGGUAUGCCAUAGGAUGGUAUCCAGGUUGGCCAUAUUAUGGUCAUGGAUAUGGUGGAUAUGGUUAUGGUGCAUAUGGGCAUGGAUAUGGUGGAUAUGGUGGAUAUAUUGGAUAUCGUGGAUAUGGUGGAUGGUACAAAGGAUGGUAAAUUGGAAAAAAAUUAUUUAUGAUGUUUUCAUAAUCUUAUAAUACACAAUUCUUCUUAUCACUUUAGUUUUUGCACCAAUCAAGUAUACAUUAGCUUAAUUUAAAUUUGUAAUUAUACAAUGAGUAUUACAAUUUUAAGACUG